AUGGAAUCUAUGUGCAGCAGCGCGGCUUUGAAGAGUGAAGCCUCCGAUCUGGAAAUCGGUCAGCCUCAAGGAAGUGUGUUUCUAAUCACCGCAGGCGGCUCAAUCCUCAAGUUGCCCAUUCCUUCAAGGUCGUCAAAAGAUCCGCUGAACUGGAGCAAAUGGAAGAGAACACUUGCGUUCCUAGCGAUACUUGUCAACUCAUUCGUCGGUCUACUGGUUGUUCAAGCACCAAGUGUUAUGGUAAUGUCUUUGGCGGGAGAGUUCGGACCCGAUGACACAAGACCCUUUAGUCUGUCGAUUCUGUUCUCAGCACCAACACUAUUCAUGGGCAUUGCAGCUCUACUCUGGAUCCCGUUGACACUCGCAUGGGGAAGGAGACCUGUUUAUCUACUCUCAAUAGUAUUGUUAUUUCUUUCGACACUCGGAGCUGGUCUCUCGACGUCGUUCUCUCAACUACUCGUAUCUGUUUGCAUUCAAGGGUUGGCCGAGGGAAUAAACACCAGUGCAGCUUUACUCAUGAUUAUUGACUUGACAUUCAUCCACGAAAGACCACAAUACAUAGGAGCGACCUGGAGUAUUGUAGGAGCACUUACACUGGCUUCUCUAGCUGUUGUCGCGCAAGUACCAGAGAUAACAACCACAAGUUGGCGUCCAUUUUAUCUCAUAUGGAGCUUCCCAGUGGCCGUCUCGUGCCUACUUACAUUUUUCCUCUAUCCCGAGACCUACUUUGUGCGACCAGCGGUAGCUUUCGAAGGUCGUAUCUUGGUGCAAAGCUCAGAGGAACAAGUGAAAGUGUAUGAGGACUGGGAAAAUACGCCUGGCGGGAAGGGACUCCCGGAUGUACCAACCAGCCGGAUCCAAGAGUUAAAAUUUUGGAGGUCGAUAAGAGGUGGAGGAUGGAGAGCUGUGAGAGCAUGUUACUCGCAAGUCUUCUUGUGUCUAGUCAAUCCACUCAUGUUCUGGGUUGCUCUACUUGAAGCCGUACUCUUCGGAUCGAUGCUCGCAAUUGGCGAAACAUACAGUUUAGUUCUAAUGAUGGAGCCAUAUUCAAUGUCUCCAAAAAGUACACCUUUCGUCAACCUCGCCGGAGCGCUUGGCUCUUUUCUGGCUUGGCCAGCGACUGCUAUGUUCAUUCCCUGGAUCUCCAAGCGUUUGACUGUGAGAAACAACGGAGUCAGAAAUGCGGAACACUAUCUUCCUGCUUUCAUAAUGCCAGUCAUAUUUGGCGCUCUGAGUAUAAUACUGUACGGCAUCACCGUCGAGAGAAAAUUGCAUCACAGUCUCAUCUUCAUUUCCUACGCCUUCAACUCCUUCUCUUUCGCCGCUCUGGCAACAGCAAACAUCCUAUGGAUUACAGAAGCAUUUCCAAGAUGGGCCGCUCCUGGAGUCGUGGUUGUUUCUGGUCUGAGUUAUGCAGCGAGCUUUGGUAUCAGUUUUGCGAUCAUGCCAUGGGCCAAAUCUCAAGGGUAUGAGCUUAUGGGGAUCGAAAUUGGAGUAGCGAUUUUGGUGAUAGGUUGUGUUGGAAUACCUGUCGCAUUCUGGGGUAAAGCUCUGAGACAAUACAUCCAUGGAAGAUGGACUCUGAAUCAGGAGGGUGCCUUGAGGCCGCAAUGA